ACACACACACACACACAGACUCUCAGUCUACCGGACCUUUUGGCUCGGUGGUGUGUGUUCCUGUUCGCGCGCGCGUGUGUGUGUCUGUGAGCGAGAGAGCAUGUGUGUGUGUUGAAAUUGGGCUGUUGAUGAUAAAGUGAGUCGCAGAGAAAACAAGAAAUCGUCCGCAGGAAACCGGCACUGAUGUGGAAGUCUCGACCCGGACUGGAUCUUCGUCUUCGGGGUGCAGGACUUCCCGUGUCCGUCGGUGCUCGCGCUGGACAUCAAAUGACUACAUUCUGAAAAGUCGACCAGCGCUGUAAUAACAUCAUGGCUGCCUCUUCUCCCUCCUGGAAUCUCCGGCUCCUUCUCCUGAUCUCGUCCCUGGGUGGGCUCGUCACGCCAGGUUCUGCAUUUCUUUCAGACUGGAGCCGCUGGACAUCAUCAGCUCCUCUGGAGCCUCAUUUCACUGGGUGUGUAUCAAGGGACCAGGAGACGUUUCGUUGUUGGUGGAGUCCGGGGGUCUUCCACAACCUGUCCUCUCCUGGAGCACUCCGAGUCUUCUACCUGAAGAAAGAGUCUGUAAACAGUGAGUGGAAAGAGUGUCCACAUUAUGUCUAUUCAAACAGAGAGUGCUUCUUCGAUACAAAUGACACGUCCAUCUGGAUCACCUACUGCAUGCAGCUGCGCAGCCAAAACGUCACCUUCUAUAAUGAAGAUGAUUGUUUUACUGUGGAAAAUAUAGUGCGUCCCGACCCCCCAGUCUCUCUCAACUGGACCCUCCUGAACAUGAGUCCCUCUGGUGUAAGUUAUGAUGUCAUGGUCAAAUGGAAGCCCCCGCCCAAUGCAGAUAUCGCCAUGGGCUGGAUGCGCGUUGAGUACGAAAUCCAGUACCGGGAGAUAAACGGAACGCACUGGGAAGCACUGGAGAUGCAGCAACACAAUCAGCAGACAAUCUUUGGUCUGCUCAUUGAAAAAGAGUAUGAAGUGCACAUCCGCUGCAGGAUGCUGGGUUUCUCCAAAUUCGGAGAGUUCAGCGACUCCGUCUUCAUCCAAGUCAGCGAGGUUCCAAGCAGAGAGACCACUUAUGCAUUCACCAUCGUCGUCGUUUUCGGGAUUGUGGGCGUCCUCGUUCUCAUCAUGCUCAUUGUUGUCUCUCAGCAGCACAGAUUCAUGAUGAUUCUGCUGCCACCAGUUCCUGCACCGAAAAUUAAAGGCAUCGAUUCGGAGAUGUUGAAGAAUGGGAAGCUGGAUGAGCUGAAUUUGAUCCUGAGCGGUGGAGGUAUGGGUGGCUUGUCCACUUAUGCGCCAGAUUUCUACCAAGACGAGCCAUGGGUGGAGUUCAUCGAGGUGGAUGCCGAGGAUGCAGACACUGGGGAGAAAGAGGACCAGCAGGCCUCAGACACACAGAGACUUCUUGGUCUGCCUCAGCCUUCGAGCCAAGGAUUUUCCAACACCAUUAGCUUUCCUGACGAUGACUCAGGCAGGGCCAGUUGUUACGAUCCAGAUCUGCUCGAACAAGACACCUUAAUUCCGCUGGCCACGCUGCGGCCAGGCCCACCUGACGACAGAGAAGCUUCGCUCAGUGAUGUGGAAGCUCAGAAGUCAGAGAAGAAAGACAUGGCCCUCGCCCAAACCCAGAACGCAGGGCCCCAAACCUGGGUCAACACAGACUUCUAUGCCCAGGUCAGCAAUGUUAUGCCCUCUGGAGGUGUGGUGCUGUCUCCUGGCCAACAGCUCAGAAGCCAGGAAGGCGCGUCGGCCAUGCAGGAGGAAACACAGAAAAAGGGAAAAGACAGCAAAGCAGGCGACGAGACAGAGGAAAAAAAGCAGAAAGAGCAGCAGUUCGAGCUGCUGGUUGUGGAUCCCGAUGGAAGCGGUUAUAUCACAGAGAGCAAUGCCCAGCAGAGCAGCACUCCCAUUAUCUCCCCAAUACCUGGUGAGGGUCACCAAACCCUACGGCCUCAACCAGUGGAGCCCAAACCUGCAGCUGCAGCUGCAGCUGCAGCUGAGGAUAACCAAUCCCCUUACAUUGUUUCUGACUCUCCCUUCACCCAGUUCAACGCUCCUGUUUCAGACUACACAGUAGUACAGGAGGUGGAUACUCAGCAUAGUCUGCUUCUCAACCCGCCUUCCCGCCAGUCUCCCCCUCCCUGCCUGCCACAGCACCCCCUCAAAUCCCUACCCGCCAUGCCUGUAGGGUACGUCACCCCAGACCUGCUGGGGAACCUGUCACCGUGAAAAGACCGAUGCCGUUUUGAUCUGUUGGUGCCAGUUGUGUUAACCAGGAAGCCCACUGCACUCACAAAAAGCCUGUUGCUUCUUAAUUUGUGCUGGAAAACCAAAUAACGCGACCGUGUGGGUUGAGAUUGUACAGGUGACUGUCGAGAGGGGGUGUCGAAAGGGAGACGUGCUAAGGCGCGCGUCGCGUCGCUGACUCUUGCACACCGUCUACAUCCAUACAUUUCACACAGAAGCUACCAAAAAGUGCACGUUUUAAAAUCAAAAACACAGUUUCCUCUGUCCGUUGACGUAAAAUUACACACAUAAAUGGUAGAGACUGUGACUAGAGAAUGAGUCCAUUAGCUUAGUUAAUUAGCAUUAGCUCUCCGCUAACUUCCUUGGAUAGUAUUACAUGUAAGUGUAACUGUGUAAAGAGCAGCAUAAGUCGGUGACACGUCAGUGCGCGAUUGAUCGGGAGGAGAAAAAGCACAUCGCUAUAACGUGAAGAUUUCAUUGCUGUCGUUGAUUUUGUUUUGCUGGCAGAGAUGCUUUACUCUAAAUCGUGGCUUAUUUUAUAUAUUCUUAUAUUUCUUAUUUCAUCUUAUUAGUACUUAACCAGAGAUAUAUUUUUAUAUGAAAAGGCAUUAAGACAAAGGAUAAAUCUGCCCCCCCCCCGAAACACAGCUGAAAGCACAACUAUGCAGUUUAACUUCGCAUUCCGGCCUCCAUUUUUGUUUGGCGCUGUGUUCGUUUCUCAACUGAUGUUGAUUUUAACAUGCGGUAAGACUAACACACAGACAUGGAUUACCAUGACAACAAAUGCCAUCAACAAAUAAUGUACUAUUAUCGUCACUCUUUGAAGGCAUUCUGGAAAGUGAAAAACUACUCAAAUGAAAAUUGAGGCGAUACAUAAAAGGGAAAUGACAAGAUUUUAUCUACACAUCCCAACAUGAAAUUCAUUUUUUUUUGUGGCCACAGUUUUGUUGUUUAGAUUUUAUUUUGCUUUGUAGACCGUACUGUAAACAACACCUAUCUUUGUUGUAGCACGUGUGUUUGUUCAAGUUCAGCCACAGUUGGGAGCUGCGCAACACAAAUAGUGUGUAGAACACUGAGCAUCACUAAGUGCUUUACGCUGACAUAAUUCUUUUUCCAUUACAUCCCAAAAUGGCACCCAGCCGACUUACUUUUUUUUUUUUGUUUUUUGUUUUUUGUUUUUUUGAAACCAGCACUCAGUCAUAAUCUAUUGCUUAAAGUGAAACCUCAACAAGCUUUCUUCUCGGGAGUUUUAUGCCUCUUGUGUUGCGUGGCUAUCGCAGGGACAGCAACUGGAGCAAGUUGAAAGACUGUGAAAGUAUGUAAUAGAUCUAAUAAGCUAACAUUUUAUACAUAUUAUCUGUCAAGUGCGCCGUGUCAGUGACCUAUGCCAUGUACAGUAUGUGCCGAGGUAUGCUUACGUAAGCUACAUUUGUCUGCUAUGUAGGUGAAUCUGCAUCCGUGUACAGGACACGUAAAGCCUGUACGUGGCACUCACACAGAGACACACAUGUUUGCCUUAAUUGACUGAUUUGAUUUUCCCUUUCUGACAUAGCCACAAACAUUUUAAUCAGUGUGACAGACAGAUAGGCAUAUCUAUGGUUCUCUGUUAGGACAUUAUUUAGUCACUUAGGUUGCUCAUUGAUAGCUAAGCUUAUGGCAAAUGAGACCUUUUGUAAAGGUCUUUGGCACUUGCAAAACCUGUUUUUAAUCUAUGAAUCCUGUCAUCAAGACUUUUGACAAUAUGCCUGUGACAAACACAGCAGCGUAGCACACUGCACACAAUAAAUAAGCUAAGUAAAUCAAGGUCGUGCCGUAUGCUGUCGGGUAUGCGCUGCGACACAAUGGAUUUUCACGGGGAAAGGCACGUGUCUGAGUCGAGGGAUGAGCACAUAAGCAAACCUCACAGUGCAAAACACAUCCUUGAGAGAGCGCGCUCGAGUGACUCAAAUGGAAAUGGACUUUUGUAUUUGAGCAACUCCCAUCAUGAAGAGAGAAAAAGCAAGAGCCAUAGACUAACAACCAGAAAAAGAAAAUGUGAAUAUGAUGAAUGUGUGCCAUUUUUCCUCUUUCUCACCCUCUCUCUCUCCUUUGAAGAGCCCAGUGUUCUGUUGUUGUUGUUGUUGUUGCCGCCGCCGCCUCGUGCCGAUGAUAUAGCGGCAUGUCAUUUGCUGUUGCGGAAAUGUCUUAAUAUAUUUACCAGUGCUGUAAAAAAAAAUACAUGUAUAUAUUUUUAUCGUCAUUCAUGUCACUAAUCAUGAUGUAUUGCUGCCUGGUACAUGUAUUUUCCUAGCAUUAAAGGCAUACUUCACCAA